AUGCGCAAAGCAAAGCAAAAAAAAAAAAGCAAAGCAAAGCAAAAAAAAAUGUACGAAGAGGAGGAUGAUGAUAACAAAUGUGUUUGGUUCACUCCUUUGAGUCAUUUUCUGCCUGAGGUAUCUUUUUUUUCCUUCUUUUUGUUUGAUUGUUUUAUUGCUUGGUCAAAUUUUACAUCUCCCCUGUUUUGUUGUUUCAUUUUUUUUUUUUUAAUUUUCCUUCUUCUUUUCCUCUGGUGCUUUAGCACCUUUUUUUUUUCUUCUCCCCCAUCGCUAACAAGUAUGUGCAUUUGCGUUUGUGUUCCUUCCACUCAGUCUCUGCAAUCAAUUCAUCUCUUUUUUUCUUUCUUCCCCCCAUCUUCUUCUAUAAAUAAAUAUAUAUAUAUAUAUAUAUAUUAUUAUUAUUAUUAUUAA